UUACCUCAUCACUUCUUCUCAGCAUCCUGCCUAGCAAACAAGCAGCUUGCCAGAAUGGUACCAGGAGGCUUGACAGAAGCCAGACCUGCCACACCAGAAAUCCAGGAGAUUGCUGACAAGAUCAAACCGCAGCUGGAAGAGCAAACCAAUGAGAAAUAUGAAACCUAUGAAGCUGUCGAGUAUAAAACACAAGUCGUCGCUGGAAUCAAUUACUUCAUUAAGAUUCAUGUAGGGGGUGGCCGUUACAUUCAUGUGAAAGCCUUCCGUAGUGUCCAUGAUCACGAUAUUGAACUUAGUGGUUACCAGGCUGACAAAACCAGGGAUGAUGACCUGACCUACUUCUAAAAAGUAAAUUCUAAACUUACCCAAGUCUUCUCAUUGUAAAGAGAUGUGGCCAUCAAUAAAGAAGCAUUCUUCAAAUAACUGUCUUCUUCCAUCAUGACUCAUUAUUGCAUCGACCUUUACUUUCUAGACGAUUAUUUUAAAAUACGGAACGGUUCAUGAAUUUGCAUGUUAUCCUUCUGCAAGGGCCAUGCUAAUCUCUGUAUCAUUCCAGUUUUAAUAUUUGUGCUGCCAAAGAGAGGACAGUGUUAAUGGUUCAGAGCAGAGGUUCCACAAUAAGUGAUACCAACCAGAAGCCUUAUAGAAACUAAGGCUUGCCUGCAAUUGCAGACAGGAUAGGACCGCCCU